AUGGGGACCAGAAAGGGCCUGAUAGGGUGGGGAGUAGCUACAAGUCGCUCCCUGGUGCACUACCUGCAGGACUGCCAGGUGGGUUUAAAGGGACACAGGGCACAAAGGGGUUUUGAAAGCCAGCUGAGCAGCCUUGCAGCACGGAGCCUGCCCCACGUGUUGAGGGAGCACCAACUGGACCUGGGAACCCUGGACAAAGUGUUUGCCUCACAAUGGCUGAAUAGCAGGGAGGUUGUGUGUGGCACCAGGUGCAACAAGCUCUUCAGGCUAGAUGUACACUCGGGCCAGAUCACACACUGCCCCGUGAUGCUGGUCAGAGAGCCUGCACCAGCCGGGAACCCGCCUGGCUGUGGCAUCCACGCCAUUGAGCUGAAUCCCUCCAAGACACUUCUGGCCACAGGGAGCGAGAACCCCAAAGGCCUGGCUGUGUACCAGCUGCCAGCCAUGAACCCUGUGUGCCUGGGUGACAUCCGAGGCCACAAGGAUGGGAUCAGUGCUAUCGCCUGGGUGAGUGACAAUGUGGUGGCGAGUGGCUCCCAUGAUGGCACCCUGGCCUUGUGGCAGUUGGACCCUGACGUUUUCUAUGAUAACAUUGUCCGGUACAAUAACACGGGCAUUCAAAUCUAUAGCCACAUCCGUCCAGUGGAUAAGGUAGAUGUCUCCUCAGGUAGCCGUUUUUCCAGGAACCACAAAGUCUGUGCCCUUGCCUUCAGUAGCAGGAACCAGGAGCUGGGAUCAUUUUUCCUGGAUGGCAAGUUCGACCUCUGGAAACCUCAGAACAACCUGUGCAGGGUGCUCCAAAUCACGAUUCCCCGCUUUGGAGGGGAUGCGUGCAUGACCUACUGCGAUGAGUUCUCCCUGUAUGCUGUGGGCUGCAAUGCCUAUAUCGGUUUCCUGGAUCCACGCCAGGCCAAGGGCAAUUCCCAGCUUGUGCACUACAUGCACACUGGCUUCCGUGUGUGCUCAAUAAGCUGCAACAGGGACAUUAUCACCUUGGGAACAGACAAUGGCUCCCUAAUCUUCUAUGAUGUCCGAGCUCAUAAGUUUCUAGAGUAUGGCCGUGAAGUCUACUUGCACUCUUCCCCAGUGGCUCGCAGGAUAAAACUCAAGCACACCUGUAGCAGGGGCUGGAUCGACGAGGAUAUCAUCGAGGAACACUGGAAUCGACGUUUGAACCGAAUAAAAUUUUCUGUAUACACCCACUGCUACAACUGGCCAGAGAUGAAGCUCUUUGUGGCUGGGGGGCCUAUGAUUCCUGAUGUCCAUGGAAACUAUGCUGGCCUGUGGAGCUGA